AUGGUGGCACAAUUCAGACUCAAGUCUAAGAUCAAGCCUCGAUUCGUCGAGUGGAAGAACCUGGCACUGGAGAAUUACGUGGCUGUCAAUAAAGCAUUUGCUGCUAAUCAGCUGGCUUCUAUUCAAGAUUCAAUGAGCAUUUGGGUGUAUGAGGCUUUACAACAGCGAGUCAAGUCUGUUCCAGCCGGAACCAGACUAGAAUGGAAGCUCGUCAAAUUCCAUUCGGUGCCUCGCAUCAUGGCUAUUCAGCCUAUGAUGCUGCCCGAUUCGCCCUUGACCCAUGUUCAGAUCAUUUACAGAAUCGAGUCCAGACAGAAACUGGUCAAAGUAGCUCGUGGGUCUGACAAGGUCGACACUGUUGAGCGAGAUGUCGUCGACUACGUUGGUUAUGUGUUUGAUGCCGGCAAGACUCCUGCCAGUGUAGUCAUGUCGGGAACUGUAUUCGAGAGUAAGUUUAUUUCUACUGGUUCUUUAUUGAGUUUCAUUAUGGAUACCCUGGUUUACCAAGAGUAG